GGCAAUUCUAUGUGCUUGUUUUAACUACACAAGUAAUUAGUGAUGUAAUUCUCUUUGUUUGAUGUUUAGUUAAAGAGUAAACUUGAACUAGGUGUGGCAAAAACAUUUUGAAGACCAUUUUGUGAUUAAUCAUUCACUAUUUGCCAAAGGAAAUUGGCUGUAUUCUUCUCCUUUGCAAUUAGAAAUUGAUUCAUUGUUCAGCUAGAAUUCUUUCCUCAACUUUUGAGUUCCAACAAAGUCACGUUGAUGAGCAAAGAGCUUUUCCCCGCACUCUGAAAGCAUCUCUCCUCAGAGCAUUAAUUGUGGACAUUCCUCCUGGUUGGUGGAAUUCAAUAUGUCCAACGAUCCCAGUGUGGAUCAAACGGAGGGAUUGUAGUCUACUUAUUUGGCUGUGGGACACUGCCUCCAUUCAUUUGUGGUACAAUCUGAUUCCUUGGGCGGCGCUCUUGGCCACACACUCGAUGUUGGGUGGACUCACUCGCGUUUGGGACCGCUUCCAUCGUCUUUAUCGGCAAAACUGGACACUGGACUGGACUUGAAGCUUCACUGACAGGUGCAACAUGGCCCUGCAAGAGCUCGGCAUUAUCCUGGCUAUGCUGGGCCUGGCUGGUACCAUGCUGAUCUGCGCCCUGCCUAUGUGGAAGGUGACGGCUUUCAUCGGGACACGACUGGUGGUCAUGCAGGUCUUCUGGGAGGGUCUGUGGAUGACGUGCGUCAGCGAGUACACGGGCCAGAUGCAAUGCAAGCUCUAUGAUGCCCUGCUGGAUCUGUCUCCUGAGCUGCAGGCGGCUCGCGGCCUGGUUUGCAUCAGCCUGUUCCUGGGGUGCCUUGGCUUCCUGGUCUUUCUCCUGGGUGCCCGUUGCACCAAGUGCCUGAGCCACCCACGCUUCAAGACGCGGGUGGUGCUGGGUUCGGGCCUUGUCUUCGGCCUGGCGGGCCUCGCCGCCGCGGUGGCCGUGUCGUGGACGGCCAACGAUGUGAUCAGAGACUUCUAUAACCCACGCGUCCCUGAUGUACUCAAGCGGGAGCUCGGGGCAGCGAUUUAUAUCGGCUUUGUUGCAUCAGGGUUGCUACUGUGCGGUGGGGGCAUCUUGUGUGCGAGUAGGCCGUCACUCAGGGCUGUAAUACAUUCUGGGGGGUACACGAUGGCCAGAAGGCCCACGAACAGCAGCUACGCCAUCAAGAACUACGUUUAGGAUCGUAGUGGCGGGCCUUGCAUUUGGUACCUGUGCCUUGAGAUUUCACCGCUUAUUACAACCACUACCACGUUACAAUUAUAAAAAAAAA